CAGAAUGAAAGGAAGGAAUCAAACUCUCCUCUCAGAGUUCCUCCUCCUGGGUCUGCCUCUCCAGUCCAAGUAUGAAAUCCUGUUCUAUGGCCUGUUCCUCACCAUGUAUCUUACCACCAUCCUGGGGAACCUCCUCAUCAUCAUCCUCAUACAACUGGACGCCCAUCUCCACACACCCAUGUAUUCUUUUCUCAGCAACUUGUCCUUCUCUGACCUCUGCUUUUCCUCUGUCACAAUGCCCAAGUUGCUGAAGAACAUGCAGAGCCAAGUCCCAUCCAUCCCUUAUGCAGGCUGCCUGACCCAAAUGUACUUCUUCUUGUUUUUUGGAGAUCUGGAGAGCUUUCUGCUUGUGGUCAUGGCCUAUGACCGCUAUGUGGCCAUCUGUUUUCCCCUGCACUACACCAGGAUCAUGAGCCCCAAGCUGUGUGUGUGCCUGGUGAUGCUGUCCUGGGUGCUGACCAUGUUUCAUGCCCUGUUGCACACCUUACUCAUGGCCAGAUUGUCUUUCUGUGGGGACAAUGUGAUCCCCCACUUCUUCUGUGAUAUGUCUGCACUGCUGAAGCUGGCCUGCUCUGACACUAGUAUUAAUGAGGUGGUGAUAUUCAUCAUGGGAGGCAUCAUUCUUGUUAUUCCAUUUCUCCUCAUUAUUGUUUCCUAUGCACGAAUUGUAUCCUCCAUUCUCAAGGCCCCUUCUGCUCAGGGCAUCCGUAAGGCUUUCUCCACCUGUGGUUCCCAUCUCUCUGUGGUGUCACUGUUCUAUGGUACAGUCAUUGGCCUGUACUUAUGUCCAUCAGCUAAUAAUUCCACUGUGAAGGAAACAGUAAUGGCUCUAAUGUAUACUGUGGUAACUCCCAUGCUGAACCCCUUCAUCUACAGCCUGAGGAACAGAGACAUGAAAGAAGCCCUGGGAAGAAUCAUUUGUAAGAAAAUGUUCUUUUGUCCAUAAUAUUAAUAUUUGUAAUUAUAAUACAAUUUUUUUGGUUGAUACAUUAAUUUCUAAAUAUUAUUCUUGACUUUUUUCGCUACUAGGGAAGUUUCUAUGCAAGCAAAAUAUUACAUAAAUGUCCAGUAAGUAAAAAAAAACUGAAAUGAAGAUGUGUAGUUGAUAUAGAUAGAAGUUCUCAGUGACAUUCCAGGGAGGUUAUCCUAUUUCUUAAUUCCAGGUGAUCCUGAGCAACUUGAAUGUAAAAAAUUUUGUUGAAACCUGCCUGUAGGUAUUAAACCACUAAAUUAUUAUGUGUUAUCUUUGAAAACCACCUUUAAUUGAUAUUUUAACCUAUCAUGCCAAUACUAAUUCCCAAACAUCAGUUUCCUACUCCUUAUUCUAAACUACACAAUUAACUGUUGAAUAAAAUACUUCUAAGUAUUCCCAUCAUUCUGUCUCUCAAUCUUUUUUAUACUCUUUAUUUUAAUGUUUAAAUUGUUUUCUUUUAAAAACUUGACCUUAACCUGAAAUAAA